GAACUGACCUCUAGUACUUCCCUUCGUCCCAUAAAGUUCGGCCUCUUCUUACAUAAAAAUCACAUCAAGGACAUAAUUAAGGAUGGUGUGAAGCGUAUUGGUCGCAAUCGAGUGUCUGUGGAAUUUAAAUCAGCGAAUGCGGCUAAUACCUUCCUGGAUCACUCAGCUCUUGCUGCAUCUAAAUACAUUGCUAUAAUUCCUUCAUUUAAUGUUACCCGUAUGGGUAUAGUAAGAAAUGUGCCAGUGGAGUGGGCUCUAGAGGAGGUAGUCUCAUCUUUAGUAGUCCCUGAGGGUUUUGGUGCCGUUGUUAGGGCUCGUCGGUUAAAUAGAAAAACUACAGACAACAAUGCUACUGUUUGGAUUCCUACCCCUACAGUAGUAUUAACAUUCAAUGGCCAAAAGCUUCCUGAUAGGGUUUUUUGUUAUUUCACCUCACUCCCAGUGCAAACAUAUAUACUACCUACUAUACAGUGCAACAAAUGCUGCAGAUUUGGACACAUUGCUUCUCAAUGCCGUUCUAAAGAGCGCUGUUUCAUCUGCGCCCAGCCCCAUGCAGGUAUCAAUUGUUCCAAUCCAUCCGUUCCCCCUACCUGUUUAUUAUGCUCCGGUAACCAUAAAGCUACUGACUCCAAUUGUCCAGAACAUGCUAGACAGAGGGCAAUUAAAUUAGUGAUGUCUCAAGAGAACAUCUCCUAUUCUGAAGCAUCUGUUAGAUUUCCUCAAGUUAGGAAAUCUUUUGCAGAUGUUUCCCGCUCCCAGUUUUCUCCCUCCACAAUUGCAGUUCAAAUCCCUCAUACUUCAGCUCAAUCUCCAUCUUAUGUUCAGAACUAUCCUAACUCGGUUUCCUAUCGACAGACCCAUUUCACGCAGAAAACUCCUCCUGCUCCUGCAUCCACUUCAGGCUAUGACAAACAGUCCCAUAAUACUAUAAUUCGUUCACCUCCUUCCAGUCUUCCCAACGGUAGUGCUUAUCCCUCAGAAAAUAUGACAGCCAAUGAUAAUUUGUUAGACCUCCUCCUAUCCACUAUUUUAAACAUAAUCUCCCGUUUUGAUGACUCCCAACUACCGAACAAUGUUGUAUCUAAGCUUAGUCAGAUUUUAAAUAGUAUUCAAAAUGCCAAACAUCCUUCAAUGGAACUGUCACAGCAUUCACCAUAAAAAAAAUGAUAUUAUUUCUCUCAUUAAUAAUUACAACCCCUCUAUUUUUGCCAUUCAGGAGACAUGGCUCAAGCCUGGCUCCAGCUUUAGGAUUCCAGGUUAUUCAUGCCUCCGUGACGACAGGCCAGACGGUUAUGCUGGUUCUGCCAUUUUGAUUUCUAGAAAAGUAAUCUUUAACCAAAUUUCUCUUCCUCCCCACAGUGAAGGCAUUUCUGCCGUUGCUGUCAGAGCUUUGAAUAUUUCUUCCCUCUCUAUUUAUAUCCCUAACCCUUCCCUUGCCCUACUCUCUGAGUUAAGGCAUAUUAUCUCAUUUCUUCCCCCUCCUGUCCUUAUCUUGGGUGAUCUUAAUAUCCACCAUAUCUCUUGGGGUUGUUACUACUCUGACUCUAUUUCUAACCCCUUUCUUGAUCUCUGUGAUGAACUAAAUUUAUGUGUCUUGAAUGAUGGUUCCCCUACUCGUAGAGUGUCCCCGCAUCAGAAUCCAAAUACUGCAGUUGAUCUUUCAAUAACUUCCCCCUCCUUGGCUCCUAGUUUGACCUGGUCUGUUCUCCCCUCUACUCAUGGUAGCGACCAUUUUACCAUAUUACUCUCUACCCCCGACCCCGCCUCCCCAAAACCUAACCCCACUCUUCCCCCUCUCCUUAAAUUUAAUUUAUUCAAAGCUGAUUGGCCACUUUUCAGAUCCCUUCUGGAUCAAGAAAUCUCUCAAAUUCCCUUAGUUAACUCGCACAACGUUCUUGCUAUGUACCAACUCUUCAAAAACGCCGUUAUAGUAUCCGCGACUAAUUCUUUCCCUCUUAAAAAUUCAGUUACUGGUAAAAUCUCUUCUCCUCCAUGGUGGGAUUCACAAUGCACGGAGUGGUGUGAGAAACGCUCGAAUGCAGAAAGAAUUUAUUCAGAGACUAUGAGUCCAGAGAAUUUCACCUCUUAUCAGAGAGUGGCAGCCCAGACUAUCAGGCUUCUGUCAGAAAAGAAAAGAUCUGGUUGGUUUCGAUUCUGUGAAGAACUCUCUCCUAGUACUCCCCCUACUAAGAUUUGGAAGAAUUUGAGACGUUUUCGGAAUUCUGUUUCUGGUGCUAUCAUUUCAUCUAAUGACUCCUCAGGCUGGAUUGACCAGUUCUCCUUCAAAUUAGCCCCUCCUUCAGUUCCUUCCUUAGAAGAACUUUUCCCCCCCUUAUCGCAUUGUUAUUCUUCUGACAAGUUUGAGUCCCCUUUCUCUUGGGAGGAGCUUUCAACCGUCCUUGAGGGUCUCAAGGACUCAUCGCCAGGAAUAGAUGGUAUUCCUUAUUCUUUUAUUUACAAUUCUUCUACCCCCACGAAACUUGUUUUUUUAUCCAUCCUUAAUAACAUAUUUUUAGCCUUUGGG